AUGGAAAAGCCACGUAGCAUUACACCACAAGAGAGGGCUAAGCAAUAUCCCGGGAAGUUCCAUGCAGAUAACAAUCUCUUAUUUUGUUCAACUGUGAUGUUGUUGUGGAUCACCACCCAAAGUCAAUUCUUGACAAGCACCUUUCAGCUGUUUCACACAUCAAGCAAAUGGAUGAAUCCUCUUUGAAGCAAGCGAAACAACAGACAUUGAAGACUUCAUUCAAGUGCAAAGCUCCAGCUCAUGAAUAGAAAGUGAAAGUCUGCCAUGAGUGGAUAAGGGCGUGUGCUGCUGCAAACAUACCGCUAAACAAAUCAGAAAAUCCUACAAUGCGUGAAUUUCGAUCUUCUCUCCCGUGUAGUCAAUUGUGGCGCAAUCCCUAAGGGCACACAGCUUCAGGACCACUUAUUAGAUGUUUAUGAGUUAGAAAAGGAAAAACUUAAGCAGAAAAUAAAAGAGGCAAAAUUGUUGAAAAUAAAAGAGGCAAUGUUGCCAUAAUGGUAGACGAGCUUGGCAAUGACAAUGGUCAUUGUGUAAUAGACAUUAUGGCGACAAUUCUGGACUUCGACAAGCUUUCUCCCAGUGGCAGAAACAUUGCUGACGGGUUAGAUACCCACUUUGUGACAGAAACAAAUAACAAGACUGUGUCCCAAGCAGUUGUUAAAGCCUAUCAAUGA